UUGCCUGUCGAAGAGUAAACCACGAAGCAAAAAAGUUUAUAAAACCCCUAAGUGUUAUUUAGUUAGUUAUUGUGUGUUUACAACUUUAAAAAACCAACAAAAUGGAUUCCAAACAUCGUUUAGUGAAGAUUUCCUUCGUUUUUCUUCGAGUUUUUGUUUUGAUGUCUACUGCGCAUGCUUAUAGUGUUUCAUCACGUAUUACAAGCGUAAACAAUAUAUUUCCACGGAGUAUUCCUUCACCUGCAACUUUGAGUGCAGAAUUAACGGAAAGUAUCACAAUCGGCGCGCAACUUGCGUAUGAUCAAUGCCAGAAAGCUUUUAAAUGGGAUAGAUGGAAUUGCCCAGAAGCAACUUUCGCAAGACCCAAUAAACACGCACCAACAAAGGAAAUUGCUUACGCGAAAGCAAUCCUCUCUGCUGGGGUUGUCUACACCAUCACGAAAAACUGCUCAAGAGGUGAAAUUGAUAAUUGUGGUUGUGAUUCACAACUCGGAGGUUCAAUGCCUGUAAAAAUGUCAGGAAGAUCCAUUGAUCAAGCGGAAUUCAAUCGAACUGAGUCGAAAAAAGGAGAACCUGUGCAAUGGGCAUGGGGUGGUUGUUCGGACAGCUCAGUUUAUGCCUCACAAAUUGCUAAAAACUACCUAGAUGAUCUUGAAACCACAGAAAACCCACAAUCUGUAAUUCAUUUACACAAUAAUCAAAUCGGACGUGAUAUUGUUCAGGAAACAAUGAUUAAACGUUGUGUGUGUCACGGAGUGUCUGGAAGUUGCACCCUGCAAACUUGUUGGAUGCAAGUCGCGUCGUUUGACACAAUCGCUCAAAAAUUGAAAGAGAAGUACAAACGUUCUGUUCAAAUUGCAGUUGAAAGCGAUAAUACAGCUGCUGAUAAUCCAAUCGUCGAUAUUCCGGAAGACAGCGGUAGAGAGUUGAUUUAUUUAAAUGAUAGCCCUAAUUAUUGUAAAGCGGAUAAUGCUACAGGAAUUAAAGGAACUAAAGGUAGAAUGUGUUCGCGCAGUAAGUUGAAGACUGCCACAAUGGAAGAAAAGCGCAGUUGUCGCAAUAUUUGCAGAAGUUGUGGAUAUCGCGUGCGGAAACAAAAGAUUGUUGUAAAAGAACGCUGUAAUUGUGCAUUUAAAUGGUGUUGUGAAGUUAAAUGCGACACUUGUUACAAAACUGUUGAAGAAUUAAGAUGUGAAUGA